GAUGACAUAAAAAAUAAAUGACAUAGAUAUCUGCUGGAGCUCAACAUGGAUGAGCUGUGCGGAUGUCUGAGAAGCCGACGCCGACGCCGACGCCGUCCCCCUCCUCUCUCCGGCGCCGGCCCCGUCCCCUCCGCCUCUGCCCCUCUCCGGCACCGCUCCGCCUCCGCCUCCCCGCUCUGGCCCUUUCCGACGCGGCUCUCCCGGCGCCGCCUCGGGGCCCAACCUCUCCGGCGCCACUCCGCCUCCGCCCCUCUCUCCGGCGUCUCUCUCGGCGUCGGCCCUGUCCCCCACCUCUCCGGCGCCGCUCCGCCUCCGGCCCCCUCCCCUGGACGGCUGGGGUGUGGACGGCGGUGGUGCAGCUGGCGUCGAUUGCGGGGCUGUGGAGGCCGCGGGUGCUCGCCGUCUGCGGCGGCGGAGGGGGCGCCACGGGGCUCGCCGCGCUCGCUGGCGAGGACCGCGUCGUGGCGAGGCGGCGCUCGUGCCGAGGAGCCCAUUCUACCGAGGAGCAUAAUAGCAAAUAACUCUCUCGCGGUCGCGGUCUCGCCCUCAGGCUCAGGCAAGUCAACCCCACGGAGCAAACCCCCGUUUUGUGCGGCGGCAAUGGCGACGUUCUCCGAGGCGCCCGCCGGGGACGCGGCGGCCGGCGAGAAGAUCUUCAGGACCAAGUGCGCGUACUGCCACAGCGUCGACAAGGGCGCCGGCCACAAGCAUGGGCCAAAUUUGAAUGGUUUGUUUGGGAGGCAGGCUGGAACAGCUCCUGGUUUCUCUUACCCAUCUGGUGACAAGAUAGUGGCUGUGGUUUGGGAAGAGAACAAUCUGUACGAUUACCUGCUUAAUCCUAAGAAGUACACUCCUGCCAAAAUGGGGUUCAAUGGACUGAAGCAGCCACAGGAUCGAGCUGACCUCAUUGCAUACCUGAAGAAAGCCACAGUUUGAGAGUGCUUUGCUGCCAUCUUCCCAAGACGAAGAGAGCCUUUUGUUUGGCAGAAAAUCAAAUAGACAUCAAAGCCACUUGUGUAUUCCCUCCGUAAAAAAAAAAAUUCUAGGAAUAAAUCUAGAUAACUGUAUGUUAUUGAGAUAAAUCCCUAGAAGUUUUCUUUUUUGGAACAUAGGGAGUACUUUGCAAAACUGUGUUGUAAAUUGUUGCAAUAAUAAGCAGUGGCCUUGUGGAGGAGAGAAAAUUGUUAUUAUGCCAUCCUCGAUACGUGUAUUCGCUUAAAUAACAUUUUAAAAUUUGUAUUCGCUGAAAUACCACUCUCAAAC